AUGGCCUUUCCUCUCCCGCGGGGCAUCAUAGCCUCGGAGAUCGCCUUUCUAGCGGAGAUGGAGACGGUGACGAUUGUGCCUCGCCAGCGCCUGGAGGGCCUUGAAUUGCUCGGGGGCCCAGUUGAACCUCUUAUCCCACCGCGACGCGCCUCCCUCCCCCUCUGGUUGGCCCUUCUACUUAAACGCCAGCGCCGCGCCAAUAUUAUGCCCCCUCCAUGGCUACAUCCAGAUUCUCUCAGUCUUAUCCUCGAGGUCGAGUCUCAACACCAAGACUACAAGAAUGCGUUUUCUCCACCUCCGCCUCUGCCUGGUCAGCCCAGUAUCCGAGAUCAAGGUCUCGCGCCAACUGCGCGGCCGCAGUAUACGCUAGACGGCAAUAGAUACUACGCGGCGCCGCCUUUUCUCCCUCAAAAUACCGCGCAGACUGCGGUCUCCUCGCGAGACCCGCCCGCAUUACCAUACCAUUGGGUUGAGGUUGGGAAUAUGCUCCUCGACGCGGCGAGUGAUGAUCUAGUGGACCCGGAUCAGAUCCGACGAUUACUGAAAGAUCUACGGGAAGUACGCAUGGCUAAGAUGAGGUCUGGUGUGGAUGUCCUGGACGAUGCCGCGAUAGGCGGAGGCGGGGUUGCACUGACAGGCGUUGGCGCGAUGGAAUUGGGUGAGGAGCGAGGGUUCUUGUCCGGUGUGGUCGAUGGCCUUCGCAAAAUUGGUGCAUCCAAAGAGCAAGCUCGCCGAGAACAAUUGGCCGAACAAAGAGCCAACGGUGGGUACGAUGGAACCCAAGACGAGGAAGAGGACUACAUGGAGUUUUAA